AGUCACUGUCAAGGUGUUGAGGAAACUGAAUUUGCACUGAGAAGAGUCUGAAAUUUGACAUCAUGGGUAAUAGAGUGCCUUGGCUGUCAAACAAGGCCAUUAAAGAAGAAGAUGGUGACACUUGUAGGCAGGAACUGGGACAAAGGAAAAGGAAGAGUGAUGAGUCAUGCCAAGAGACAAAAAGCAAAAAACCAAGAGAAGAUGCACCAUCAUCAAGUACCGAUUAUCAAUUGGAACAAGAAAUGAAUGAGCAGGAUAAAGACAUUGAAUCAGGAUCUAAAAAUCAACCAGAUCAAUAUGAAGACAUGAGCAAAAUCAAACAGAAAAAUAUCACGCUGCUCUUCAGAAGACUUAAUCUCAGUGGUGAACUAAAAGUACAAGAUUUCCUGCAGAUAACAUCAUUGUCACUGCAGUGGCCUGAGCCCUGUGAGGAGAAGAACUUAGUUCCAACCUUCAUACAGAGACUUGUGAUGAUGGACUACAGAGCAAGAUACAUUGCAGUAAAAGAAGAACCGUGUGAGGUGCUCAACACACAAAGGACAACAAGUUUCGAUAUAAAAGAAAGCGAUGCUUUUGAAAAGAUUUUCAAGAUAUCUGCAGUCAUUGAUGAACCAAUGAGGAGGCAGCCUAUCCACCCAAUGGACAUUCAGAUGGCUGUGUUUCUCUAUGCAGAUAAUUUCCUUCGGCAGCUCAUGGUAACAAAACUCUCACACUGUCAAUAUGCUCUUCCUCUGCUUGUGCCUAAUCCAUUCACCCAAGAGAUUGAAUUUCCCCUGUGGACCUUCAGGCAAAUCAAGAAGAGCUGGAAGUCACACAAUACCAACAUCAGCAAAUCCCAGACAAUCUGCCAGAUUGAGACUCCUUUGGUCGUCUUUAUCAGGCUUUCAGCAGUUUUCACAUCGAAAUCUGAAAUAGUUAACAACCUGAUCAAUGAACGCCAUGAAAGUUUCUUUCACAGACACUGCCGUGGAAGCAGCAAGUCCCGCCUGUUGAUGGAUGGAGUGGUUGAAAUCGCCUGGUACUGCCCUUCUGGAGAGAAAACCGAUAAAUUCACAGACUGCGUAGCCUUCUGUAAUCUUCAUGGUGAUGCACAGACAAAUAAGACACAGCUACAAAUUCUGACUGAAGAGUCCUCAGUUAAUGUCAUGCUUUUGCCGAAUCUGGAUAGGACUGACAAAAGUAUGGCAAUAGUGGAAGAGCUCUACAAGAGCCCCAAACCUCUCAUUUGCCUUCUGACUGAAGAUGACUCCAGUGUUACAGAGAUGCAGAAAGGAAAAUACAAAAUUGGUUUGAAAGACCGAAAUAAGUCUGAUGUGUCUGAAGAAAUCAGAAGAACCAUCAACGAGUGCCUCUUAAGUACAACAUCUACUUUUAAACUCGACAACUUAGUCAGGCACUCUGCAAUUAAAGUGGAUGAAAAUCAUGAUGAGUGCAGGUAUGGGCAUCAAGAGGCAAAAAAGAUGAUGAGAGUACUGGAGAGAAAGGAACUGCCCAAAAUUAAAGAAACAUUUCUUCCUUGUCAGGGGAAACUGUGGCACGAGUGGUGUCUCAAGAACAAAGAACUACAUCGACCUAAAGGGAACAACAUUGAAAUACAUACUAGCCAAAAACAAACAGAAAUGCAACAGAUUAGAGAGAAGCAGAAAGCACAUGGGAUCGGUGUGUUUAUGAAGAUGUUUAUUGAAAAACUGAAGUCUGGAAAUACGAAGGAGAAGAUGUAUUUCCUUAAGUGGCUUGGCAUCCUUUUGGAUGAGCUCACUUCCGAAGAUCUCUGCAAGCUUCAUCACGAGUAUGAUGAAACAUGGUCAAAAGUGCUGGAUUUGAAAAAGAAACAUUAUAAAACUGAGCAAAUGAUAGUACAGCAAACACAACUGGAGAACUUGUCUGAAAACCUGAAUGCUGCAACAUUUGGUUUGGAGCACAUACUAAGAGAGAUUGGCCAGAUUUAUGAAUCAGGCAUUUCGGCGAAGAAAAAGAAAGGAUCUGGAUGUGAGCUAGAUAUGAGCUCUCUCCCACAUUUUGCUGCAGAGCUCAUGAUCUCUGGAUACCCAAUGGAGCUGAUGGAUGGUGAUGCAGCUCAUGUUCCUCUGAUUUGGGUUCAAGCUGUUUUAGAUGAACUUAUCAAGCUUCUGGGAGACCAGAGGGUCUUUGUGUUAUCAGUUUUGGGGAUUCAGAGCACUGGGAAAUCCACCAUGCUGAACGCCAUGUUUGGACUGCAGUUUGCAGUCAGUGCUGGAAGGUGCACAAGAGGAGCCUUCAUGCAGCUGGUCAAGUUUUCUGAAGAACUGAAAAGCCAGUUAAACUUUGACUACAUUCUUGUUGUUGAUACCGAGGGCCUUCGAGCUCUAGAAUUGGCUGGCAGAUCAACGAGACAUCAUGACAAUGAAAUGGCCACAUUUGUAGUUGGUCUUGGAAAUAUGACUCUGAUCAAUAUCUUUGGUGAGAAUCCAGCUGAGAUGCAGGAUAUCCUUCAGAUUGUUGUUCAGGCCUUCUUGAGGAUGAAGAAGGUACGACUGAAUCCCAGCUGCAUGUUUGUGCAUCAGAAUGUUGGAGACAUCACAGCUGGUGACAAGAAUAUGGUAGGGAAGAGGCGAUUGCAGGAGAAACUUGAUGAGAUGACCCAACUGGCUGCUAAAGAAGAAGUCUGUGAUGCAGAAUGCUUUGGUGAUGUCAUUAAAUUUGACAUAAAAACUGAUGUGAGGUAUUUUGCUCAGCUCUGGGAGGGAAGCCCACCAAUGGCCCCACCCAAUCCAUGUUAUAGUGAAAAUGUACAGGAGCUAAAGAGCAAAAUUCUUUUGCAUGCUUCAAAAUGCAGUGGUGUGACACUAACACAGUUCAAAAAUAGAAUUGGAGACCUCUGGAAUGCUCUUCUGAAUGAAAACUUUGUUUUCAGCUUCAAGAAUACAUUAGAGAUUGCGGUAUACAGGAAAUUGGAGGAGGAAUAUGCCAAAUGGACCUGGACUCUCAGAAGUGCCAUGCUAGAGGUUGAAGAUAAACUACACAACAGAAUCAACAACAGGCAGCUGCAUAAAGUUGAGAUUAAAAACUUGGAAAAGAAGAUAUCGGAGACCAAUGAAGAGGUAAAAGUUUCAAUAAAUCAAUACUUUGAAAAACAUAAAGAAAAGGAAAUGCUGAUUCAAUGGAAAUCAAAGUUUCAAGAGAAAAUCAAGCACCUUCAUAGGGAUCUUGUGAGAGAUACAAAAAGGAAGUUGGAGAACAUUGUCUAUCAAAGGGAAACUCUGACCAAACUAGACAAAAGAAAACUGCAUGAGAAAAAACUCCUUGAGAAAAGCAAAGAGCUUGCAUUCAUUCUUAAGAAAAAGGGUCUUGAUGAGAACGAGUUGAAGGUAGAGUUUGAUUCAGUGUGGGAAAACUGGGUCUCUCAGUUGGCAGUGGAUGUUAGACCUCUUGAAGACAUUAACAUAGAACAGGACAUCAUUACUGUCAUAUCUGAAAUUCAUGAAGAAGCACUUGUGCAUAGCAGAUUAAAUAAACCUGAAAGCAUUAGCCAACUGACUAACUUCACCAAAUACUUUAAUCCCAUCAAAAAGUUCUGGAAUGCAUUUCGCCAGGCUUCAUUUGCCCUUCUACCAGACGAACAGGAGUCCAUAAAACAACUGGUUCACGAAAUUACUCGUGAAGUUGGAAACCUGGUGAAGUCAAAAUCAGUGAUGAAGAUGGGCUACAACACAAGCUACAUUCAAGAAAUUGCACAGCUCGUAAAAAUGAGCAUUGAAACCCAUGAGUGCAAAGUCACCAAAUACAAAUUCAAGAAAGAGUUCACAGUGGAUCUGACAAUCUUUGCAUGCAAACUGGCAGGUGAGAAGUUUGCAGAGCUCCAUCAGGUGUUUAGAGAGGCUAAUGAUCCCAUGAUUUAUUUAGAGAAGAAGAAACCAGAAUACUACAGCGUCUUCCAGGCGUUCUGCCGAGGUGCAACAUCGGCUGCUGUAUUUGGAGCCUUGAUUUGUAGUGAGUUGAAAGAGCCCAUUCUCCAGAGUGUCUACAACAAGACUGCAAGUGAUCUAGCAGGAGAGAUGCGGACAAAUAUUCCAGCGUUCAAAGGCAACAGGUCAAACCUGGAGAAACACAUUCUGAAAGCUCUUGCAGAAGAGGAGGACUUUCAAAAGUUUAUUCAGUACAUACAUUUUCCCAGGGAGCAGUUUGAAGACUUCAUAAAAUCCAAAGUGAAAGCCUUCAUAACAGAGGGAAACUCAUCAGCUGUGGCAAUGAUUCAAGGCAACAUCAGGCACAAGGAGCAAUGUGUCAUCACAGCUGCAGAAACGGCAACAGCUCAAGUCUUGGGUAAAGCUGGAGAUGCAAACAUUUGGCUGGAGAUUUUCUCAGACUGUCUGAAGGACGAGCUUGAAUACAAUAAAGAGCAUCUGACUGGGGAUUGCUGUCAGGAUAUCACUGACUUUGAACUUCUGGAGGAGGUUGUGAAAAAAGAGCUUCACCCAAUCAUUGAAGAGUUGAACCGAUGCUUUAAAAAACCCUCUAGUGUCAAAAUGGGAAAGUUCAGGAAACCACCAGAUGAGAUUUUGAUUGAACAUUUCUGCCAUUGCUGCUGGGCCCAGUGCCCCUUCUGUAAAGCCAUAUGUAUAAACACAAUGGAGGACCAUCCCGGGGAUCAUAUUGUACCUUUCCAUCGUAACUGUGGGAUCAGAGGGAUGAUUUACAAAGGUACAACUAAUCUUUGCUUGACAUUCUGCACAUCUUCGGUGGCAAGUGACACAAAUCGGUUUUAUCCAGAUGCUCGAACAAACGAGACAGUUUUGUGGAAGGAAUAUAGAACGGCAGGUCCCCAGUAUGCAAACUGGUGCAUCACACCUGAUCUCUCAGAGCUGCCAUACUGGAAGUGGUUUGUGUGUCGGUUCCAGGCUGAAUUGGAAAAGUGGUACAAUUACACUUUCGAUGGCUGUAGUGAGAUCCCAAAGGAAUGGAAAACUUACACAAAGGAGCAAGCUCUGGAGAGUCUAGAGAAAUACCUGUAAGUUUAAAGAGCCCCUAUUUUGCCUUAUAAAAGGUCAGAUCAACGAGACAUCAUGACAAUGAAAUGGCCACAUUUGUAGUGUAGUUGAAAAUCAACUUUAACUCUUUAUUCCCCACAGCCAAAUCUCUCUUUUCUCUCUCAAAUCUGUCAGUGAUUGUCAUCUUCCUGUCAUUAUCAGUCUUGUGAUCCCCCGUGGUGCGCUAGUGUCUGAAGAGAAAGGCGUGAACGGAAUAUAGCUUUACUAUAUUAAAUACAUAUUUGGUGAUGUAUCAUAUCCACGGUGAUUAAUUUAUUUGACCCUGAGUCAACUAUUUCAUUAAAGAAUCAAUAGUUUUAAACGUGGCACACUUACAGAUUUAAACCUCAGCUAGAUGUUUUCAUUCACUUAGGGCUGUUACACACUGCAUGGAAGGUCAUUUUCAAAAACCCAUAAUAGGGGCUCUUUAAUCACUGCCUUAAACAUGUAAAGUGUUUCUAGCUUUUACAGUUUUUAAAGGAUCCGGAAAGGUCCAAAUUAAUUUUUUCUCAUGUUUUGUGAAGGGCCUGUUUAUAAGGCAUGCAUAAUGCCAGUUAUUUCAUAUUAAUUGUGAUACAGAGAUGAUUGUGUGUUAUUUUCCUUUUAUGUUCAAGGUUUUUGGUUGUCUUUUUUAGUUCUUGCCUACACAA